AUGGACGGAGAGGGGUCAAAAUCGGGAUGGCAUCCUGCAUUCAUGCCGAACACGGCAACUGCAAGAGCUCCUAGUUUUGACGGCAACGACUCGACAUCCCUAAAGUCGUCGACCGAGUCAACGACACAUAUGCACCAGCCUGCAUCGCAAUGCGCCGAGAAGGAAGAUGCUGUCGAACCAGAUGAUGGCGCCGCAGAGGCGUGGCUUUCCAACCAUGGUGAUGAUGAUGACUCGCAUGCCUGGCUCCCUGAAGUUGCAGACCCUCUCCCCGACGUUGGUCCACCAGCCAUGGCCAGCGAGAAGCCCAACUCGGAACGAAACGCCGAACUCAUACCGGGUAAAGCUAUUCCUACCCUAGCCGAAGGAGUGAAUGACGACUCAAGCAUCGAGGCGCCGACCGUUUCGACGACGAUGCCGAAUGACAACAACCCGUCGCAACCUCUCGAGUUGCGCGAUAUCGACUCUAAACACGGAGAAUCGGCCGAUCCUUGUUCUGCAAACCAUGUCGAUGAUGAUGCAGAUGCCUGGCUUGCCAUCGAAGAUGCAAAUACGCAUGAGGACGUUGCACCGCAGGCUCACCAAGAACCAGCCUCAAACGAGGAUGGCGAUGCUUGGCUCUCCAAAGAGAACGAUGACGACGUGGAUGAUGAAUUGCUCGCCCCGGAAGAAGAACCCGCUUCCCAGACGAUCGAGGGUCCGACCGCCGUGGAUCACAAUGAGGAUGACAAAAAAGCUUGGUUUGAAGAUGAAGAUGAACAAGCCGGUACAGGCCCGCUAGUUUCGGAGGGGCAGGCACCCCAGACGACCCAGUCACUGGUUCGCGAUGGAGACAUUGGCGCGUCUCACGCCAAUGACAAGGUUGAGCUUGCUGAAUCCUUGUUAGCAUCGGACACAAUCGCGGCCCAGGCGACAAAAGCACGACCUGCCCAGGAAACAGAGGCACGAGCAGUCCAGGUGACAGAGGUACGACCUGCUCAGGCAAUAGAGGCAGGACCGGCACAGGAAAAAGCCGCAAAACUGGUCCAUGAAACAGAGGCACCACCGACUCAGGCAAUAGAGGCGCUCACGGACCAAGCGACAGAGGCGCCCACGGACCAAGCGACAGAGGCGCCCACGGACCAAGCGGCAGAAGAACGACCGGCCAAGGUAGCAGAGGCACGGCCAGCGACAGAGGCACCUUUGGCCCAGGUGACAGAGUCACGACCGGCCAAGGCGACAGAGGCACGACCAGCGACAGAGGCACAACCGGUCCAGACAGUAGAUGCACGACCGGCCCAAGCGGCAGAGGCAACACCAGCCCAAGCGACAGAGGCACGACCGGCACAGGGGAUAGAGGUACAGCCGUCUCAAGCAGUAGAGGCAACGCCGACCCAGGCAGCGGAGGCACCCACAGCCCAGCCAAUAGAGACACCUACAGCCCGGGCAAUGGAGGCACCUAUAGACCAAGGGACAGAAGCACGACAGGUCCGGGCAAAAGAGCCACGACCGGUCCAGGCAAUAGAGGCACCUGCCACUCAACCGAUAGAGGCACCUACGACCCAGGCGAUAGAGGCAACGCCGACGCGGGCAUCAGAGGCGCGACCAUCGCAGGCGACAGAGGCGCGACCGGUCCAGGCAAUAGAAGCCCCUAUUGCUCAAGCAACAGAGGCACGAUCGGCCAAGCCGACCGAGGAAACACCAGCCCAGCCGACCGAGGAAACAUCAGCCCAGCCGACCAAGGAAACACCAGCCCAGCCGACCAAGGAAACACCAGCCCAGCCGACCGAGGAAACAUCAGCCCAGCCGACCAAGGAAACACCGGCUCAGCCGGCUGAGGCACGGUCAGCCCAGGCGACGGAGGCACGACCGUCUCAAGCGACCAAGGCAAUACCAGUUCAGGUAAUAGAGGCACGACCUGUCCAGGCAAUUGAGACACCUUCGGUCCAGGCGAUAGAGGCACGACCGGCUCAAACGACAGAGGCACGACCGGCUCAAGCGACAGGGGCAACACCUGCCCAGACGAUCAAUGCAUCUACGGUUCGGGUGACUGAGGCACUUUCUUCAGACGAAGUGGGAGCUGGAGAUGAUCAUGUCGACAAUGCCAUACCGACUUCAGAGGAACAUGCGCCCCGAACGGUCGAGGCUCCGAUCCAAAAUGGAGAUGAUGCUUGGUUUUCCAGAGAUGAAAAUGAGCACUUCGAUGCUGGCUGGUUGGCUUCGAAGGAUCAAGCACCGCUCACGGAUGAGAACUCGAAUCAAGAUGCGUGGUUAAAAAAGGAACACGAUCAUGCUGUUGGGGAACCCAAGUUACCUGGGGGACCUGAUACGCAUGAGACCGAAAAGCCGGAAAUGCCAUUGCAAGCCGGCGGCGAAGAUGGGAAUCAGCCGACGGCUGAUGUGCUGAUAGCGAGUGGAUCGACGACCGGCGGACCGACGACCAGCGCGCAGCACUCGAGCUCCAUGUCGUUUGCCCGAACGGUGUCACACGAGAUUAGCUUCGCCGACGAUGAUGAUGCAGAAUGGAACUUGCAGCGGACACAAGUCGACCCGUCCAGCCGCGUACCUCCCUCGGACCAAACACGCCCUAACCCUGUCGCCUCACCUCCGGUUGCAAACCUCGGGGAGCGUAAAGAGCAACCUCCCAUGCCGACAAAAACAUUGGAAAUUUUAGACGAGACGAAAAGAAAAGCCGAACAUGGAACAGAUCGCAAUAUGACAAGCGGCACGCAACAAGUUGAGCCGGAGGUGACACCGGCGCUGGUGGGUUUGGGCCUGGAUACUUGUCAAUCCCUGAGCAGGGAGAUGCAGUACUCUCAAGCCCAAGUCUCGGAGGUCCGGGAUGAGGAAGGACUCCACUUGAUUCCUCGAUCCGAUAUUGCAGAGACUGCUGGGCAGUCCAACAGGGUUAGUUCUCUCGAUGCCUCGUUUACCAAGGAUGACAACGACGACGACUUCUUUUCCCAAAUUCAGACGCCGGGGACACAUGCGGACAUCAGCGUGAACCCACCCCUCGAGCAAACGUCUACUCUCCCACCCUCAAGUUCUUUUAGCAAGCCACCUCUGGAAGAGAAAGCUGGUAAUUUCGAAGCCCCAAGAAUUGCCGACACGGGGCUGGCUGUGGCGGAUGCUGCAGGCAGCCAGACUAACAACGAGCCUCCCACUGAAGAUAUUGCUACCAAAUGGGAGGAGGCCUUUGCCGGUGACGGCGACGAUGACGACUUUCUCGUCGAUGAUGCAGCCGCCGAGCCCAAGGAGUUCGAUCCAUCUGCCUUCCUUGGAAGUGACGAUGAAGGCCUGCUGGAAGAUGACACGGACGCCAUGCCUCAGCCUGUACCGGUCGUGUCCCCCAGACAGCCUGUUGAUCCGAAACGAUACGUCCCAGCCAGCCCCUCCCCGCAGGUAGCUUCCACAUUCAUCACGCCAGCUGCCCUCGCUGCGCAGAGCCCGUAUCAGCAGCCUGCGCUCCCACCGUUCAGUCCGCCCACGCAGUACAGCCAGCCUGCUGCGCCGCAGCCGGAGCCUGCCAAGGCCCAGAGCUUCGCGGACAAGUCCAAGGGCGGCUAUUCAUCUCCGUACGACCUCCCCACGGAGUUGAUGCCUAACCUUGUCCGGCCGCGAAAGCGAUCAAGUUUGUCACAGCAGUCGCAAGGGCAAACCCCUCCGCCUCCAAUAAGUGCCGCGACUUUCCCCGUAGGCCGCUCACCGUCGGCCGGUCCACCGCCUGCUGCUGUCCGUCCAGCCGGGCAGCCCUCCCUGAACCAGAAGUCAUCUGCGCCUGCGCUCCGUGGCCACAGCAGUUUCUUUGAGGAUCUGCCCAUGGCAGCGAAACCACGCCCGGCCUCGAGGCAGAGCAAUCCGGCGCAGCUCCCCAGCCAGUAUGUUCCGACUGCGCAACAACCGCCGUCGUUGCCCCCUCCAAGGGAUUUCGCACCUCCACCACCACCUGCAAGCCUUCCUUCGCAACCACCGGCUGCGGUUCCUGUUGCGAAUCUCGUCGCGCCAGAGAGGGCCAGCCCUUACGCGGCACUUCAAUCCUCGAUGGUCCCUUUGCCACCCCCGCCCGCUCAAGCCUCACGAUACUCUCCGGCUCUUGCAAGCCCUCAGCAUGCACCGCCAACCUCUGCAUCGCGCUAUUCCCCUGCUCCGCCGUCAUCUCGGUCGGGCAGCUUGUACAGCCCUAAUACCAUCACGCCUCAUCUGCCGAGGACAUCCAGCCCUUUAGCUCAUAUCGAGCCCGGCGGUGACAAACCGCACGGUGCAACGCAUCCUCCCAACGGCGAGAUGCAACGUCGCUCAAGCGCCUCCUUCGAACCUAGGCUGACUCGUGUUCCUUCGCUCCCGCCUACGCGCGAGGUAGACGAGGAAGAGGAACGGGACGACGAGUCUCUGACCAGGAGGUCCUUUGGCACCACCCAUCCAACAGCGCCUCUGAACAUUCCCCCAAAGUUCAGACCGCUUUCUCCCUUGGCAGCCCAGCAGUCGCCACCACUUCCCUCCAACAACUUUGCUCAAUCAGCUCUGUCGCCGCCGAAGAGGGCCAUAUCGUACUAUGCUCCUCAGAUUCCUCCCGCUACCCAGCCAGGGUUUGUGCCGCCAGCGCGUGCAUCGACUCAAUCGCCUAGUACAAUGCACAGCAGUCGACAGUAUAGGCCAACUGAAGCUGGUCCUCGCCCCUCGUCCGCUCAUUCAUCCGCUCAUUCCUCAGCUGCGCCGGUCCCGCCGAGGAUGCCUCAGCAGUACUAUGCUCCGGCAGCGAGGCCUCGCGGCCAGUCGCUGACAAUGGACAUGGUCCCGCCGACGGAUGGCCGAGAGCAGGAUCCGCUUGAGCGAUGGAAGGGCGCUCCUCUUUUUGCCUGGGGUGUUGGUGGCACUGUGGUUACGACGUUCCCGAAGAGCAUCCCGCGGUAUGCCAUGAAUCAUUCUACACCGACCAUGGUGCGGGCUCCCGGCGAGGUGAAGCUGCAUCAUAUUAAAGAUAUCGAGCCGCUCCAGGAUCGCCUGGCCAAGUUCCCCGGUCCCUUGCGUGGCAAGUCGAAGAAGAAGGAAGCCCUCACGUGGCUAGCAACGGCCAUCGACGCUCAGGAGAAGGAUGUGCCCGACAUCUCUUUCCACCCCCAACUCUCGCUUGAGGCUAAGCGCGGCAUCGAGCGCCUUCUCCUCUGGAAGUUGCUGCGAAUCUUUGUCGAGUUCGAUGGAACCUUGGAGGGCUCCGCUGCGGUGGAGAAGGCUGUUCGGGAUGUCCUUCAACCCGGUACGGUGACGACGCCUGCUGCUGAUCCGGAUGCGAUGUUCCCGAAUGCUGCAGGAUUUGCUGCGCAGGCUGGUCCUACGCCUGCGAUGCAGGCAGACGGUAUCGAUGCGGGGGUAAUGGAAGGGAUUCGGCAUAGUCUCCUGAAGGGCAACGGCGAGGCUGCUGUUUGGUCUGCAGUGGACAAACGCCUCUGGGGUCAUGCCAUGCUGAUCUCGCACACAAUCUCGCCCGAGCUAUACAAGCGUGUUGCGCAGGAAUUUGUGCGAAAGGAGGUCAACUACCCUGGCUGCAGCAACGAAUCCAUCGGCGCUUUCUACAAGGUUCUGUCGGGCAACUACGACGAUUGCGUCGACGAGCUUGUCCCCGUGCAUGCACGAGCCGGUCUUCAGCUUGUUUCCAAGGAAUCCACAUCGGGACCGGCGACGGAUGCGAUUGGGGGCCUGGAUAAGUGGCGAGAGACGCUGACGCUGAUUCUAAGCAAUCGCAGUCCUGACGAUGUCCGAGGCCUGAACGCUCUCGGAAAGCUACUGUCGAGCUACGGACGGGCGGAAGCGUCGCAGAUCUGCUUCAUGUUCAGCAGGAACCUAUCGGUAUUCGGCGGCCUAGAGGACCCUAAUGUGGACUUCGUGCUGCUCGGAUCCGAUCACAGGACGCAGGCGGAUCAGUUUUCCAAAGAAACGGAAGCACUGCAACUCAGCGAGGUCUAUGAGUACGGCCUCUCUCUCGGCCCUGGUUCCGCCGCGGCCGCGGGUGCGCCCCAUCUUGCCGCUUACAAGCUGCAGCAUGCCGUCACCCUUGCCGAAUUCGGGUAUCGAGACAAGGCGUUGCAGUACUGCGAUGCUAUCACCUCCGCCAUCGCUUCCCAGACGCGGCGAUCGCCGUACCACCACAUCGUCCUCGAAGCAGCUGUUGAAGACUUCACGACCAGGCUCAAGCAAGCUCCCAAGGAGAUUUCUUCCUCGUGGAUGUCGAAACCAAGCAUGAACAAAGUCUCGGACAGCGUUUGGAACCGGUUUAACAAAUUUGUGGCCGGAGACGAGGGCGAAAAUGGCGGCAACGGUCUCGCCGGAGACGCGAGCGGGCCGUUCGCCAGAGUCACUUCGUCGCCAAAUCUGAGCCGCUCGCCAUCAACGUCGAACUUUGAGAUGUUUGGGGCAGCAACGUCAGGUUAUGCUGCAAGCGCGGCUCCUCCUCUGAGUUCUGCAGCAGCAUCCAAGUAUGCCCCCGUUGCUACUCCCGCUUCCGGCUCGGCAAACCCCUACGCUUCGUCUGCCGCUCAACAACUGCCUACCCGGACCUCCGCCGGACGGCAGUCGAAUGAGUACGCUCCCAACCCAUACGAACCUGGCUACCCCGGCACCAGCCCUUCCCUACCACACAGCAACAGCUAUGCGCCCACGGGGCAUGCAGCACAGCGCUCCAGCCACGUUCUUGCCCGGUCCGAAUCGACGCCGCUUAUGCGCAGCCCGCCGACGGAUUUCGCCAAGCCACCCCCGGCAGGCCACCGGCCUUCUGGGCUCCAAGAGUCACCGAGCAUUUACGCCCAGCUUGGACAAGCGCAAGACAACGCGAACACGUCAAUGUACGGGUAUCAGCCCUCUGCAUUCGAGAGCAAACCCCUCGCUAUUGUCUCCCCCGUCGAAGAGGACUCUGGACAGCCGGAGGAGCCUGAAAGUGGUGAAUACAAGCCACCAUCAUCCCAAACAUACGGUUACGAGCCACCAUCAUCCCAGACCUACGGUUACGAGCCUCCAUCAUACCAGCCUGACUUGGAGUCUGAAGGCGAGGACGACGACGAGGCGCCAAAGCCGAAGAAAAAGAGCUUCAUGGAUGACGACGAGGAUGAUAUCCCUGCCUUGAAAGAACAAGGGAAGUCAAAGUCCGACAAGGAUAAGGAGAACGAAGAGAUGUUCCGGAAAGCGGCCGAAGAAGAUGGUACGUAUUGUUCAUCGCCCGUACGAACACGGCUCAUGGGACUGACACUUGGAACAGCCAAGCGAGCUGCUGCGCAACAAGCAAACAAAAAGGGAUGGGGCUUCUCUAGCUGGUUCGGAGCCAAGAAGGAGAAUGCCAACAUUGGGGAGGCUCCAUCAAACAAGCCGAUCCGUGCCAAGCUGGGCGAAACGAGCAGUUUCGUAUACGAUCCCGAUCUCAAGCGCUGGAUCAACAAGAAGCCCGGCGCGGAGAAUACGGAAGCCAAGAAGAGCACACCGCCGCCGCCAAAGGCCAAAUCUCGGUCCGCCAGCGGCACCCCGGCGCCGGAUUCCUCCAUGCCUCCUCCACCAGCAAGCGGGCGUAUGAGCGUGCCUCCUCCCACUGGACCUCCACGACUGACUCAUACUCCUGCGCCCGAAUCAUCUCAGGAGAGUCUUGGCCCCCCCCCGCUGAGUCGGUCGGUAUCGACUCCGGGUCUCCUUGCUGCGGGACCCACACCUCCUAGCAGACCGGCUACAAGCAUGAGCAACGCCAGCAGCAUCGACGAUCUGCUGGGCCCCCCCGGCGCGCGGAAGCCGGGACAGAAAAAGCCACGAAAGAGUGGCCGGUAUGUCGAUGUGAUGGCGAAAUGA